AUGAAGCUGCUGUUAAGCCCCACCAUCCCCAGGCUCCUCUUCCUGUUAGCGUGUCUCAGUGGGUGUGGCUUGGGACAUGGCAUACACCUGGGAACCUGCUCUGUCACCGUACACACUCACGAACUACGCAAGCACUACACAGAGAUACGGAGCUCUGUGAUAGCAGCAGACAGUCAGAUGGGAGUGAGACUGCUGAGGGGAGACGUGAUGAGGAACAUACAGGAGGGGGAGUACUGCUGUUUCCUGCGUCUUUUGCUACGUUUUUAUGUGGAGAGAGUGUUUGUUAGCCACGGCAUGUCUCAGCCACUGCACCGACGCUCAACCAGCGCUCUCGCUAAUAGUUUCCUCACAAUCAACAAGAACCUGAGGCAAUGUCACUGCCACUGUGGAGAAGAUACCAGGAGAAAAAUGGACUCCCUACAGGCCCAGUUUGACAAGCUGGAGAUCUACCAGGCAGCAGUAAAGGCUAUAGGAGAGCUGGACUCUCUACUGGACUGGCUGGAAGAACUCAAGCACAACUCACACACAACUCACACAGACAGAUAACACACAACUCACACAGACAGAUAACACAUAUGAAAAUGUGUAAAUGUUGCAGUAGAGAUGAUAUGUUACAUUUUUGUUACCACAUAUAAUUUAUUUGAUGGGAUGAGUUUACCUGAAAGGAAUAUUUAUUAAUGUGUGUAUUGAUGCUGAUGUAUGUAUUACAAGAGACAUAUGUCAGUCUCAGAUGGCUGUCUAAGUUCCAUAAAUAAUGGUUAUGUGUUAUUAACCAGUGUGAAUUUGACCAAACUGUCGAAUUUCACUACAAAUUACAUGUACAGUGCCUUCGGAAAGUAUUCAAACCCCUUGACUUUUUCCACAUUUUGUUAGGUUCAACCUUAUUCUAAAAUGUAUUAAAUUGUUUGUUUUUUUCAUCAAUCCCCACACAAUAACCCAUAAUGAUGAAGCAAAAACUGUUUUUUUGACAUAUUUGUUAAUUUAUUAAAAAUAAAAAACUGAA